CUUAGGGUUUUGGCUAUUGGGUGAGUAAAGGAAAGAACAAGUCUCUUCUUCGCUAUCAGCUCAAGUUUGAACUCUUUUUUUCGCUUUAGACAUACGCAGACGACGAUGUUGGACAUCAAUCUUUUCAGAGAGGAAAAGGGGAACAACCCUGAAAUCAUUCGUGAAUCUCAACGACGUCGUUUCGCCAAUGUUGAGAUCGUCGACGAAGUUAUCAAGCUCGACAAAGAAUGGCGUCAACGUCAAUUCGAGCUUGAGGGUCUUCGCAAGGAUUUCAAUAAGAUCAACAAGCUAGUUGCUCAGCUCAGAAUUAAAGGCGAGGAUGCAACUGAGAUGAUCAAGAAUACUGAUGAUAACAAGAAGUCCAUUGCAGAGAAAGAAGUUGAAGUCCGAGAAGCUUUAACUCAGUUGAAUUCGAAGUUGGAAACUAUUGGAAACCUUGUUCAUGAUUCAGUUCCCAUUAGUAAUGAUGAGGCAAAUAACGCUGUGAUUAGAACAUGGGGUGAGAAACGGACAGAACCAAAAUUGAAGAAUCAUGUUGAGCUUGUUGAGCUUCUUGGGAUUGCAGACACAAAGAAAGGUUCUGAUAUAGCUGGAGCAAGAGGUUAUUAUCUGAAAGGAGAUGGUGUGCGUCUAAAUCAGGCCCUGAUUAACUUUGGUCUUGACUUUUUGGAGAAAAGGGGAUACACAGCAUUGCAGACUCCUUUUUUUAUGAGAAAAGAUAUCAUGGCAAAAUGUGCUCAAUUAGCUCAGUUUGAUGAAGAACUCUACAAGGUGACUGGUGAGGGAGACGACAAAUAUCUGAUUGCUACAGCCGAACAGCCACUUUGUUCGUAUCAUUUAGAUGAUUGGAUCCAUCCUUCUCAGCUACCCAUAAGAUAUGCUGGCUAUUCAUCUUGCUUCCGAAAAGAAGCUGGCUCACAUGGCCGAGAUACUUUGGGAAUAUUCCGAGUCCAUCAAUUUGAGAAAGUGGAGCAAUUUUGUCUUACUACCCCAAAUGGUAAUGACUCUUGGGAUAUGCAUGAGGAAAUGAUUAAGAACUCCGAAGACUUUUACAAGAUGCUAAAUCUUCCCUAUCAAGUUGUGGCUAUUGUUUCUGGUGCUCUGAACGAUGCUGCAGCAAAGAAGUAUGAUUUGGAAGCAUGGUUUCCUUCAUCUCAGGCAUAUAGAGAGCUGGUAUCCUGUUCGAACUGUACAGACUAUCAGUCUAGAAAAUUAGAAAUUCGAUAUGGACAGAAAAAGAGCAAUGAGCAGACAAAGCAAUAUGUUCAUUUGUUGAACUCUACUCUCACAGCAACAGAGAGGACUUUGUGCUGCAUUCUUGAGAACUAUCAGAAGGAAGAUGGUGUUGAGGUACCGGAAGCCUUGCAAGCAUUUAUGGGCGGGAAGACCUUCCUACCUUUCAAGAGCAAACCAGCCGGUGAAACCAAAGGGAAGAAAUCAAAGGCCUAGGGCACGCAGACCCCAUCAAUCCAUACAAGCUGGCCCACAAUUUCCUUCGUUUAUGAAACUGUUUGAAAAGAAGUCAUUCCUCAAUUGGGCGUGGGAUCUUGGGUUUAGAAAAUUGAGCUUAAGAUUGAAAUAAGAAGCCUUUCUUGUUUAUUUAUUCAUUUUUUUUCUUUUUUUAAUUUCACUUAAGCAGACAGUUUUUGUGAUUUUUUGACUCAUCUUCCUCGAGUCAAAGGAAUCAUUCCGCAAAGUCUUAAAAGGUGUUUGUUUUAUUUCGUUAAUCUUCACGAUGGCAAUUAUAUCUAUCAAAAUAGACAUUUUGCUUAUA